CCUGGCGAGGGUUGAUGUUAACGGUAUGGUUUUUCAGGGCGGUUGUUGUGGCACAACGCCAAUGGGUGGCCGGAACGACCGGUUAGUAUCCAAGUUUAUGGGCAUUGAGUGACAGGUACUAAAAAGGUCUUGUCACUUGGAUGCUCAUUUCAACUGGUCCCACUGCGUUUUAUUCUGGUGUUUCCCGCGCUCUCUGGUGGAUUGCAUGUUGCCUUUGAUGAAGUGUGGAAGUUCUGUACGGAUGGUUUAGAAAGGUAGACGUGUUCUUUGGUCAUUUCUGGUACUCUAUUAGGACACCCGACGCCAAUACAACCAACGGCACAACCCAUCACACCUGCUAGUCAAUACCCUGUCGCCUUGAAACGAUGGUGAGUGGGUUUUCGCUAUGUGACUUGCUUUCUUCUAAGCGCCGCAUCAAACUCCUGCUCGUGACAGAUCGCCAUGAUGCUUUGAUCACAACCGAUGGCAGGAGACGCACCCCACUACCAACGCAAAACCACGGAACGGCGGGAUUCGUUCAAGCAGCAUCGAAAGAACUCUGUAGGGCGGCAAAAGGAUCAUAUUCAGAGAAGUACGUCGUCGUCACCUGGUGGUAUGCCGUUCCCCAAACCAUCCAAAGGAUCAACGCAUCAGUCAGUGAAUGGAUUCAAUGCCCAAGAAAUAGAGCAGCAUUUGAACAGCAACUUUCAAUCCACUAUGAGAGCAUAUCAUGAUCAUUCUAUUCCUGAAAGAGAACGGCCAGAAAAGUUUUCCAGUGGAGAGCAAGCAUGGGGAGGCAAAAGUGGGGUUCAAUCAGCGUGGGGGGACUCGAAAGCUUGCCUUAUGGCUUCUGGACAAGACUUUUUGGCCGAACUAAGAAAACAUGCUUCGUAGAACGAUGGCCGGAGUACAAUCCAAUGACAUUCAUUUCCAGUAGCACGGGAAAUUUUUCCUUCAACCGUUGAGACAAGCAGUAACAUCUGGAGAAACAAGGUUAGCGCCGCUCCAAAUCCCAAGGGAGCGGGCAAU